AUGGCGGCGGCGGCUAAACCUACCGGCGGCGGCGGCGAGUCAGCAGGCGGCGGAGGAACUGGAGGCGAUGGUGAUGGGUUCUCGGAGGUGGACAACUGGUUCGGCAGCAGUAGCUUGCCGACGCAGCGGGCUCCUUCACCGGAGCGAUCCCCUUCGCCCCCCUCGCCGCCGGAGUGGGACAUAGAGCGCCGUGCGGCGGCGGCCCUAGCACGCAAGAUCAGGGCUUCAGGCAUGGGAGAAGGCCAUCAGUGGGCUUCAGGGUUCGGCGGCGUGUGUUUGGAUGAUGAGAUAUGGGAAAUAAGGUACCAUUUUCAAGGGAGAGACAACUUGGAGAGGACCAUUUCUCUGUCAGAAAUUACUUAUAUAAACAUGUUAGCACUGCUAGAGACUGAAGAGGGAUAUACUGAAGCUGACUACAUGUUCUAUAUGAAAGAAGAAGGAAAGGGGGCAGCAGGAAUGCAGGUUAUUGACAGUGAAGAUAGUGUGGAAGAGAUGCUAGACUAUUAUGCCGAGCAGAAGGUGCUCAACAUAACUGUAAUUAAGGCUAAUGAGCCUAAUCCAGGAGAGUUUAACAGGUCAAAUAUUGUGGAGGAACAAGUGCCUAUAAGUAAUGUGGGGGAUUCCAACAUUAUUUCUAUAGAUGAGGCAGGAGUAUUGUUCCCUAUUGUUGUUGAAGACACAGUUGAAGAGCUCUAUGCUGUGCCUAUUGCUGUUGUAGAGCCAGGUGAAGAGUCUGCAUAUAUUAACACGCAACAGAGCAUGAAUUUGAAGAAAGCAAAGGGCAAAGAGAAAUUACAGGAAGAUGUUGGCCCCUCUGAUGAUGAAGUGUUUGUUGAUUUGAACUGCUGUGAGGACUGCUCUGAGGAGGAAGAUGAAAUCAUUGAGAAGGAAGAUGAAAUCAUUGAGGAGGAAGAGCAUGACAUAGGUAAUGAGGAGGAAGAUGAAAUCAUUGAGAAGCUGAAGCAGAAAAGGAAACAGAGAGAGGAUCCUAUGCAUCACUUUGAAGGAGACACAGAAGUGGAAGAGAUGUGUCCAGAGGCAGAGGACUCAGACACAGAACCUGAGACACCUCUUCCUCAAACAUUCAAGAAAGUAGGCAAAGCAGGCCCCACUACAAGAUCACACCAUGAAGCUGACAUUGAGGUAAUUCCUGAUUUCAUUCCAUCUGAUGAUUCUGCUUGUUUCCCUGGGGACUAUGGCAUUAGUGAUUCAGAUGAUGAGUCAGGUCUACCACUGCCCUGUGGAAGGAAGAGUCAAGCCAAGAGGGCCAGGACUAGGAUCUGGUAUGAUGAGACCAAGCCAGAUGCUCAUGACCAACUUUGCUUGAGUAUGUGCUUCACUGAUGUGUAUCAGUUUAGAAGAGCACUUAGGAAUUUUCAUAUCAGAAUCCUUAGAAAUUUCCAGUACCAUAGGAACUGCAAGGAUAGGAUCAUUGUGCAUUGCAAAGAAAGGGACAAUGGGUGUCCUUUUUUCAUGACUGCAUCCACAAUUGCUCAUCAGAAGACAUUCUGCAUCAAGAAGAUGAAGUUGUUGCACACUUGUGGUGCACAUGGAGAAAAAACCAAAGUGACAGUUGACUGGAUGGCCAGAACAUGUGAGCAGCAACUGAGAGAUAAUCCAAGGGCUGGUGUUGAUGCAAUUUUAAAAAGAGCAAAGACUAAGUAUGGGCUGGAAGUGCCAAAGACCAAGGCCUACAGGGCAAGGUCAUUGGCCAUUGAAGUGGUGGAAGGUGACAUGAAGGGACAAUACACAAGGUUUAGGGAUUAUCUUCAAGCUGUGCUUGAUACCAACCCUGGGAGCAGAUGCAUUGUGACUACCAGAGAGCUUGAGCUCCAUCCUAGCCCAAAUCCUAGGUUCCACUACAUGUUCUACUGUCUGAAUGCUUCAAAAGAAGGUUUCUUGAAUGGGUGUAGGCCCUUUAUAGGUAUUAUAUGCAUUCUAAAUUACUCCAAUUCAUUGCCCAUAUCUUGUACUUAAUAAUGCACUCAUUUCACUACCCAAUGCUUUAAUACAAGUUUAGAUGGUUGCUUUAUCAAGCUUUCUACUGGGCAACAGAUACUUGCUGCCACUGGUAGGGAUGGGAAUAACAACAUAUUCCCUAUUGCAAUUGGUAUUGUUGAUAAGGAGGACAAGGAAAGUUGGACUUGGUUUCUUAGCCAAUUAAGAGCUUGCAUUGGAGAGGGGAACAAGUGGGGCACAUACACAAUCAUCUCUGAUAGACAGAAGGGGCUGUUGAAUGCAAUUCAAGCUGUGUUCCCACACUCACCUCAAAGAUAUUGUCUUAGACAUAUCUAUGCAAAUUUCCAGUCAGCUGGCUUCAGGAGUGAGGAGUUGAAGAAGCAUAUGGACAAUGCUGCAUAUUCAUACACCAAGAAUGGUUUUGAGGUUGCAAUGAAUGAACUGAGAAAGGAGGAUGAAGAUGCUUGGAAGUGGCUUUGUGAUACCCCUAAAGAGACUUGGGCAAGGCAUGCUAUGGAUCACACAUGCAAGACAGACCUAGUAGUUAACAAUCUUAGUGAAGUGUUUAACAAGAUGAUACUAGAUGUGAGGAACAAGCCAAUAAGGAGCUGUGUAGAUGGAUUCAGAACUAAGUUGAUGGUUAAGUACCAAGCAGUUAGAGAGAAGACAGAGAAGAGUAAGUGGGAGAUAACACCCACUUAUAUGGAGAAGUUGGAGGAGUCAAAGAAGUACUCAAGGCAAUGCACUGCAUACAUGGCAGGUCCUGGUAUUUGGCAAGUCACUAGUGGGGAGUCUACCUACUGUGUGAACCUUGAUAAGUGGACCUGUGACUGCAAGAA